UUUGCGCAUGCUCACCACACCUCUGUCAACAGAGAGCCGAAAGCAGGUACCGAGCUUAGUGAGUGACAGGUCUUUUAUCAAAAGCUCGCAGAUCCUCGGUCUUAUUGGCGUCCAAAAAUGUUACUCGCAAGAUGUGAAGCCAAGCCAGCGUCCUCCUAGCAUAAUACAAAACUACGAAUCUACCAAUCACGGCCGGGUGUCGUUGAAGGUUUACUUGUUUUCAGUUUCUUACAAAUAGCAGCAACUUGUGUCUAUUUUAAACGCGUUUUUGUUUUGUUUUAGGUUUUUGGCCCGUUGUUUGUGCGAUUUAACUAAAUUCUGAUAGAUUGUGGUACAGUAGUAGGCUGCAGAAAAAGUCUAAUCGAUGUUUUGCAUUAGCUAGUUUUUCUUCCACCAAUAUCCAGACCUAAGGAGCCGCAGUAAGUUAUGGAUCGCUUGGGGACUAAUGCUAGACUACCCCACUGUGGAUUUUAACAGCCCAGCUCGCUGAAACACCGGACUAACACCAAUAUCGUCCAGGCUUUACCUGAACUAACUUUGUCAUUAUUUUUGUUGUUAACGCGGCUUAUAUCAAGACGUAUUUCAUCAAAGGACUUUGAAUAUCAUGUAUCAGCACAGUAAGAAAUGCUUCACCAUCGAAUCCCUCGUUGGCAAAGAGGCGAAUUCCUCGGCUUCUGUGGACGAACCUGUUAGACCCACGGCGUUGAGAUUUACGGAGUCCAUACAUCCUCCUCCCUUUGGGAGUUGCUUCCAGAACUCCGGCAGGAGCUUGUACAGCAGUCCAGAUAUGAUGUUUCCAGACCCGGGCACGCACUCCAGCAACUCGGCUCUGUCUCUGCACCCUCUACAAUUGCCUUCUCAGCCGUUCUUCAACCCGCACCAGAGAGAAAGUCUGAACUUCUACCCCUGGGUUCUCCGAAACCGAUAUCUUGGACAUAGGUUCCAGGGUGAGGACAGCAGUCCCGAGAACCUGCUCCUGCAUGGCCCCUUCUCCCGCAAGCCCAAGCGCAUCCGGACGGCUUUCUCACCCUCGCAGCUCCUGAGGCUGGAGCGCGCCUUCGAGAAGAACCACUACGUGGUGGGAGCUGAGCGCAAGCAGCUGGCCAACGGCCUGUGCCUGACGGAGACGCAGGUGAAGGUCUGGUUCCAGAACCGAAGGACCAAGCACAAGCGGCAGAAGCUGGAGGAGGAAUCUCCCGACUCCCAGCAGAAGCGCAAGGGCAGCCAGCACGUGAGCCGGUGGCGUGUGGCCACCCAACAGGGCAGCCCUGAGCACAUCGACGUCACGUCGGAGGAUUGACGGGCCCCCGGUGUCACCAGACUCACCCUGACCUUGCACCCCCCCAACGCCCCCUAACCCAUCCCCUCCCCGUCCCAGCUCUCCGUCAGUUACAAACACUUGCCGCAAAUGACUCUUGGAGUGAAAAUUACAAUACAAUAAAAAAACUGAAGCACAAAACCUUCAUAGAAACAAGUCUAGAUCACGUGCGAGAUCAUCCCCCAGCCAAGUGAAUGGAGAACUGCUUCCGGCCCCAGUGCACCAGAGAGGCCCCCCGCAGGACACUGUGCAGGUGCUUGUAAGACACUUUCUCCAUGCCGCUCCUGGAUGCCACACACGUGUCGUGUGCACGACCAACGAAGGACGCCAGCAUGGUCAACUACCAUCUUCCUUUCGUUUGAAGGCAUCUUGCCACAUACCUGGACAUGAGGUCUUUUCCUCCGCCGUCCUUAUUUAAGACACACACUCUCUUUUGAUGAUCAUCACGUUUGUUUUUUAACCUGUCAUUUUAGGUGUAUUUUUGUCAGUGAUUGUUAUGUGUCGAGCACAACCAAGGCUUUUGGUACUUGACUGAUGGAUCAUGGGAUAAAACAGAAUAGGAGUCUGUCUUCAUCUCUUUAUCAUGCUAGUCUAUGCAAUUUAUGAUAAAUUAAUUUGAAAAUGCAAACACGACAGAGCUAAAUUAAGACUGAAAGGUACAUAAAAUGUUUGUUAUAAUAUUUUGUUUUAAAAUUAUUGAAAUUAGUUUUUGUGCCCCCUCAUGAAGUUAGAAUAGAUUUUUUUAUAUUUAAAAUUCAGCUAAUAACAUCACAUAUAUAGUCUUGGAUACAUUUGAUUUAAUUUAAAAAAAAAAGGGGAAAAAACAAAAUUGUAUUUUAGUUUUUCUGAAUAUUAUCAAGUUUUAACACUUAAAGUAAAAUGUACAUUUUCCAGUUUGGAGGGCAAAUGACCAGAUAUUUUCAACCCCAAAGAAGCUGCAUUAUAGCAAAGUAUUUCCCACCAUUUAUGUAAAAUUCACAUUUUCAUUUCGAAGUAACAUUAACAACAGUGAGAGUCAACACCGAUAAUUAAGAGUUAAGAGUUUGUUAUAUAGCCGGUACCUGAGAUUUCAUUGCAUUGUUAUUACUUUGAAAAUAACUUGAAAUUAACGUCAUAAACGAAAUAACUACAAUGGUAAUAAUAAUAAUUUUAUUGUUAUUAUUAAUAUCAAUCUGUUUUAUUUUAAAGCAUCUGUGGAUAGAAUGAAAAAAAAUGUAUAUUUCUUUUUGCGUAAAUCAUUUUUAAGGAAUGACGAAUUGGUGUAAUACUCAGAUGUGUAGAUUUUAAAUGUGUUUAAAUAUGUUUUACUGGCCUUUCAGUUUUACUCAUGAGGUACGAACAUUCUGAUAUAUUUAAGCAGCAAUAUAUGUGUGUUUAUUUAGUUUUUUAAUAGUUAUUUUCCUCAUUUGAAAUAUUUUCAAAUGUAAAUUCCAUUAGGUAAUGCACCGAUCUGGGAGACAAAUCUACUUAAUGAUAGCAGCGGCUUUUCCCAUUUAUGUGCCUAAAAAUCUGGUAAUAAAAACGAACGCUCGCGUCCAA